AUGUUACAAUUACUGCUACUGUUGCAUUUAUUAUUGCGGUAUAGUGUCUUUGGACACGUGGCAUUGACGUUUCCUCCCGUAAGAUUUCCACCACUCGAUUUCUUGGAUUCCGCUCGAACAAUCAGUCCAUGUGGUGUACCUAAACCUGAAAAUCCACGUUAUACUCAACUGUAUGUUGGUGAGUCAUAUAAUUUUACAUGGCGAUUACAAUAUCCACAUCAGGGUGGAUAUCGUUUAUCGGUAAUAAAUGAAACUGGUGACAUUAUUGAGCAAUUAGCGCCUGUAAAAGGUAGUGAAUAUGUUGGUAUCGAAGACCAAACGCAACAUGCGACAGUUCAACCUACACGUCCAUGUGCAUCAUGUAUUGUUCUGCUUGAACGUCAAGCCUUAGAAUGGGGUCAAGCAUACGGAUUUCGAUCUUGUGCUGAUGUAAACAUCAUCCAGGAAGUACCAAAAGAUGAUGAACGAUGCUCAAAACAUGGUGAUUAUGAGAAUGGCGAGUGCAAAUGUCGCCAUUCAUAUUCCGGUAAACUAUGUCAGUAUAAGGAUUAUUGCUCAACUGAUGAAGAUUGCUUAAAUGAUGGCAAAUGUAUAAAGGAAUCAAAUGAUAUCGUAAGAAGGACGUGUUAUUGCGCUUUUGGCUAUUUUGGACAAAAUUGUGAUCGAACAUUUGAUGCUAAACCUGAAAAUGAUAAAUGUUUUAAUUAUAAUUAUCCAAAAGAUGAGGAUAAUUACAAUAAAUAUGGUCUUUUUGAUGAAGAAUGCUUCAAAAAAACUAUGCUAAAUGAUGAUGAUUUUGUUUAUUCACGAAUUGUUCGAGAUGAAUUGGAGAUAAUUUUGGAUUAUAAAAGUACUUCGUGGAUUUCAAUUGGUUGGCGACCAAUGGAAAUCGAUCGUUCUUGCAGAUUAUUUCCUGAUUUGGAAAAUACUCGAUAUAAGCGAGAUACCAAAGGGGUAUUGAUUCCACAUUCAACGAUUCGAAUGAAUGAAUCACUGAAUCAGAAUUUGGCUAAUCCAAAUCUGAUGCCAGUACCAAUGCCAAAAUUACCUGAAAAUAACGGAUUAUUGCGAGCAGCACUUCAAGCACCUCUUCAUCCUAUGGAUUGUACAGAUAUUGUGAUCGGUUCAGUGCGGGAUGGUCGAUCAAGAAUCAAUGAUAUGUAUACCAGAGAUCGCUCCACACCACUUCAUGACAUCUGGCUUGAUGGUGAAGAAUCAUUUUCGGCAGCUUAUGGUAUAGAACGUGAUGGUCGGACAAUAGUUAUGUUCAGAAGACGAAUUGCUGAGAUAGAACCAUCGGAUCAUCCACUUGGACCGGGUGAAAUUUUUGUCAUCUAUGCAAAAGGACAAACGAUGGGUUCUUAUUCGCAUGCUGUCAAAUCGGCACUUGAUCAGGGUCCGAUCAGUGAUUAUAAUUUUUACAAACACGAUGAAGUAAAGUAUCACGGAAAUAAAAAUCGUGGAGUACAUCCGAUCGAAUUUGUUUCUGUUGAUGAACAACCGCUCAGUAUUCGACCUCCACCUCAAUUUCGGCAACCAGGUCUAGCAUCCAUACAACACCCGCCAUCUAAGGUGCACGAUCCUUCUACUCAUCCAAUGGAAGUUUCGAUACAUCCGCAAUCUAUUUCGUUAUCAACAACAACAACAACAACAACAACAAGUAAAACAACAUCAUUCACAACUGUUGCAGUACAAAGAUCAACUGUAACGAAAUCUAAUUUAAAAUCUAGAGUAGAAUCAACAAUCAAAAACAAGUUAUUAAUCCAAUCAAAACCGAUACCAGAACCUGAACCUGAACCAGAAACUGAGUUAGAUCUUCAGGAAAUUGAUUAUUUAUAUUUUGAUAACGGUUCGCUAGCGCUAAAUCGAUUCCGAUUAGUGUAUAUCUUUUCUUUUCUCUUUCUAUUUCUUUCAUGCUAUUGUUUGUAA